AAAAAGUACCUCAGGAAAUGAUGAUAUUGGAAUGAUAAAUUUAUAUAGUAUAGCCCUUUAAUCUAUAAAUAAUGAAAAAAAAAUCUUAAGAUGCCGGACAUUUACAGAAUUUAAUAAAAUGAGCUAGCUAUAUUUCAUUUUUACUAUUACUAGACUCAACUCAAUGUGAGUACUUUUUUUAAAUUUUAAUUUACGGCUUACGGAGCUAAUUAAUAAUAAUAAUACUAUUUAAUUAAUUUUUUAUUUUCUUUCUUUAUUACAAAUAAUACAAGCCUAAAAAAUAAUAAUAAUAACAAAUUUUGAGUUUCUCUGUUUUGCUUCAUUAGAGGGUGGAAAAUCCUAUUCGCAAAGGUAAGUAGUGUUGUUGCAAAACUUCCAAAGUAAACUAAAGAAGAGAAGCAGAAGGCACUUGGGCAAUUCUGAAACUGAAAGUGAAAGUUAGCUUAGACUUACAACUGUAACUUACACUUACAGUACAGUAAAAUUUAGUUUUACUUACUAACUUAACCAAAGUUUGUAAGUCUAAGUAACUUUGAUCAUCUAAUGAUCUAAUGAUUUAUCAAUGAAAUGAAAGAAAUGUUUCAACAAAUGUUUUGAUUUUAAGGUAAAAAAUUAUGUUAUCUUUAGAUUAGUGAAGCAUGUAUUGCAAGCAUAUUCUUAUUACUUAUAGUUAUAUUAUGAUAGUAAGCCUAAAUAUUUGUGUAGCUAUUUAAGCAGCCUAUUAGUGCUACCUAUUGAUAUAUCUUUAUUACUAGUAUCAGUAAUCAGUCACAAUUAGUCUACUAAUUACUAAUAAUCUGCCCAGCUACUAUAAGUAUAAGCUAUUUAAUUUUCAUUAAUUACCCUACAACUACUGUUAUGCCUUUUAUAAGAAUUAGAAUUUAACUGCUAGACUCUAUCUCUAAUAAAACUAUCUAAAACUUUUCCUUUCCGUGACAUUUUGUUUCUCCCUGGAGACAUUAUCAUUCAUUAUGAAGUGUAAAUUACGCUGUAAUUGCAAUAACUUGCAGCUACAAGUACACGAGCUAGUAAUAAUAUGAACAAAAGGAAGUCUUGCAUUGUAUUUGUAUACAAUACAUUAAAAAAAUUAAUGCAUCAUAAUCAUAAUGAUUUGCCUGAUGAUCAUAUUGGCAUUUAUAAAGCCUAGUCUCAAGUCAUCAAUUGCUAAUUUCUAAUAAUCCAUCCCUCCAUUCAUCUGUAUUUAUUAUGUAAUUUAAAUCCUUUUCAUAAAGCAGUCUAACACUUUGAGACCUGCAUGUGCAAGUAACAAUGUAAAGAGAAGACUAAGGCAAGGCUAAGGCAGGCCUAGUCAAGGCCUAACUGCAUGAUCAGUCCCUUAUUUAUUACUUUUUAAAUGUGAUCUGCUAGAUAUGACAUUGUAUAACAUAAUUAUAGGUACGUAGCUUACCAUAAAAGUAAUGGCUAAAUCCGAGGGCGGCUGCCACAGCGACUUUUGUAUGUUUAUUAUAGUUGCAGUGAAUUAGGGUUUAGGUUAGGUUGAGGGAUCGAUUUUGGGUUCAGGUUAGGCAUAGGGAUCGAUUUAGGGUUCAUGUUAGGCAUAGGGAUCGAUUUAGGGUUCAGGCUAGGCAUGCAGCAUAGGGAUCGAUUUAGGGAUACAUUCGUGAAAUUCGAUAAAAUAGUGGCAGGCAUUGUUUACCAAAGUAAUAUUACUAAUAUCUUAAACUUUAAAAAAUUUAAACUUUUUUGCCUGCACAUGUUUUUCAAAUUUCAGUAAGUAAAUUUUUUGAAGAUUUUAUCCACCCCAUCCCUAUCCCAAUUUGCCAAGCCCACAUUAUUUUUUUUUAAACUGUAAAAUUAAGAUAGCAAUGAAGUAAUGAUACAAUUUAUGACUAGUAUGAUUAUAAUAAACAGUACAUUUGACUAUUUACAAAUAAUUUCAAAUAUCUUUAAUAUGAAUCAUUAUGAAUGAAAUGAUUGUUUACAAAUAAUUUCAAAUAUCUUUAAUAUGAAUGAAAUUUCUUGUACCCGUAUGUUUAUGGUUCAGCAGGUCAAGAAUGCUAAUAUAUCUUGUUUAUUUCAUUAUUAGCGAAAUCCUGAGAGAAGAUGGAAGCAAAAACACAUUAUUUCAAGGCAUUAAAGACAUGUUCAGGAUGUAAUAAAACAUUUAAAUCUAAAGAUGGAGUCCUUUGUGUGCGAUGCAAUUGUGCAGAGUAAGCAUUCAUUCAAUUUAAUUUUUUUCUCUCAUAUCUAAAAAUAGUUUCUAUUAUUAGAUUAUAAAGUGGCAUGUCUAUUUUAGGCAUUAGUCUUUGCUGAUGUGUUUUUUUUUUUUUUUUUUUUUUUUUUUUUUUUUUUUACUUAAAUAAUUGACUUCAGGCUAUUUUGGCAGCCUUUUGCCCCCCCCCCCCUCCCCUCUUCAUCAAAAAUUUUUCACAAAAAGUAUCACACCUAAACGACACAUAAUAGCAAAACAAAAUGUUCCCCCUUCCUCCCUAGACACAAUCUGUAUAUGACAAUGAUAAAUAUAAAAAUUAUGAAUGUGACAAUUCAUUCUAACAGAGCAUUUUGUGUCUUGUUUUUCUUCAGCUACUGCUCGAAACUUUGCUGUCAGAGUGACAGGAAAAACCACGAGCUGGACUGUGAGCACCAUAUCUUCAUACAGUCCACGGAAAAUUUUCACACCUCCUACAAAGAGUUGAAUCAAGUCAAGCCUAAUCAUUUAGUUUAUAAAUUUUCAAUCGAGAAACCAAACCCCCAACCAAGCCAUAAGGCUAAAAAUGACAAAGGUGGCCCUAAACCAACAGGUAAACAAUCGGCUCAGAAAAAAUCUGAUGUACAAAGCAAGCUGCAAAAAGAAGGUAUUAAGUUUAAGUAAUAAUAACCCUAUAAAAAAUCUAUAAAUAAUUUCUUGUUUAUUAAUUGAAUCUGAUUCUUAAAUUUGUUGCCCCAAUGUGCCUCCCAUUUAUGGUACAGUAGCAAUGUGCCUCCCAUUUAUGGUGCAAUUGCUUUGUGCUCCCAUUUACGGUGCAAUUGCAUUGUGCUCCCAUUUAUGGUGUUGUAGCAUUCUGCUCCCAUUUAUGGUGCAAUAGCACCCUCGUAUGUAAUCAGAUUAUCUUACCAGGAGUAAAGGUUGGGGCUUGUACAACUUUUCAAGUCUAUUUCCGAGAAAAUAUCUCUUCAAAUUAGUGUUAAAAUUGACUCUGUCGACUUACUCCACUCCUGCCCUCGUAAUUAAAUGUCUUCUCACUUUGGACGAACAAUAACAAUUACCAUGCCGCUGUUCAAUACUAUUAAAUGUUUUAGUAUUUUCACUUGCCAAAUGUUUACGGUAUUUGUACUUCUCAAAUGAAAUACAUACAUACAAAGGAUAGCAAGUACAAUAAUGAUGAACAAAGGAGAUCUCUAAAGUUUUUUACUGUGCUCUGUUUCUUGUCUUACUUUUCUGUGUCCUGUUCGCUGAAGAAGGCUCUAAGCCAAAACGUUUUCUUCUUAUUGUCAUGUCUUUUGAUUCAAGCUUCAACAUACCUUGUUUUACUAUUUCAUGAACAUUGUUUGACAGCUUUAGGCCAUGAUCGCAUUAAAUUUUGAUUAAGCACUAUUGUAUUCCAUAUUAGGGACAGCGGUCACUGCUCUCGGCAACCCGGUUGCUUUCCAUGAACUAGAUGACAGAUUUGUCAUUAAAGAAUGCUGCUAUUGCAGGAAGACUGAUAUGAAGUUGCUGAUGUGCUCCAGAUGCCAGUAUGCAAAAUACUGCACCAAGGAUUGUCAGGCAAAACACUUUCCGACACACAAGAGCCAGUGCAGUAAGUGUUGGGAUCUUGGUGUACAUUCACCACUACUAUUGUUCGUAUGCCCUACGGUUCUGGUAAUUAUUUGCUGUCAUGACUUAAAUUCUCAAGUUACCUAAUUUUUUUUUUUUGAUUAUGUUUAUUACUAUACUGUGUAGUUGUGCAGCAAUCGCAUGACAAAGUACACCGGGGGGGGGAAAAAGGAAAAAGGGGGAGGGGGAGGUGUACUUCUUUACUAAAUGACAUGCCACACCAUGAAGCCUGACAAGGUAGUUUCAAACAAACCCUUCCUCCUUCCAUCCUCAAUUAUGGCCCAUUAUCUGUUAUAAUAUGAAUUAUUAGGAAAGGGUCUCAGCGAGCAGCAGAGUCAAAGCUCUUUAAAGUCCUCCCCAAGCACCCCCCUCAAACCCAAAUAGUCCCCCUAAAUAUCGGGAAGCAAAGCGGUACAUUGGAGAUCUCCUCCUAUGUCAAUAAAGGGAACGGCUGUGUCAAUAUGGUAGUAAAUAUUUAUUUCUUUUAUUGUAAAUUGGAUUUGACAGCACUCUGCUUCUCUGUGCCAUCAAACCCUCUCAUUGCUUUCAUAGCUUUCCCUAAAAGCUUAUUUCUAGACAAAAAAAAAUACCAGGUUGUUUAAAUGAAAUUGGAUUAGCGUCAAUGGACAGAUAAUAUUUUAUAUGACUUCUUGAUGUAAAAUAAAAAAAAUAAACAUUAAAAAAUAAUGAACAGUUGUCUUUUGUAAAAAAUAUUUUUGGUAAGAGGAUUACUGUACAAAUUUGAUACUCAGUAAGAACAAUUGAAACAUUUUUUUUAAAAAAUAUUUCUAGAACAGAUAGGAAUGUUUAACAGAGCAAGAAUGAUGCUGUUGACCGACCCCUUAGCUGCGAAGAGACUGGUCACAUAUGGACUCACUCAAGCCACUUUGACCCCUCAGCUUAAAGAUAUGCAAACUCUGGAGGAAUGUACGUAUCUUAACCAAGAAACUCCUCUUUUUUUUUUUUUAAACUACAUUAGUUUGAUGAAGUAUGGAUGGGGCUUUUGUAAAAUUUUAAAACUAGGUCUCACGCAAAGCUAGUAUUGAAAAAAAAAUUUCUGCUGUAAAGAAAAAUCACAAUGAAACAGGCAAGCAUGGAAGUUGAUACUUUUUCUAACUUGCUGGUAACUAAAAUCAGUUGCAAUGCUAACCUUCAGUUGUCCAAAGUCCAAAGAGCUGUUGGACAAGUGCAAAAAGGCCACUAGGGAUAUGCUUGAAAACUGAACUCUUAGCAGACUGUGCACAUAUGUAAAUAAAAUGGAUGUUCUGUUCUCUUCUGUAUAAAAACAUUUCCAGUAAUGUUUUUCUCAUGUUUUGUGGACUAUUUAAAGACAGUGGAGGUAACUUUAUAUUUCUUUAUUUACUAUAAAAAAGGCUUGUGCAUUAGUUUAUAGAUCUUAAAGCAACGCCCCACCCCUGGGGCCCAGCACCUGGGGGGUCAGCGGCCCGCCUUCCCCUCAGCAUGCAACCCCCUACAGAUUUUUUUUUCUUGGCAGGUCUGUGAAUAGUACCGUAGCAGGCUACAUUAUAUUGUACGCUCUUUAACAUGACACAAAUUUUGUAUUAUUAUUUUUUUCAGAUCAACGCAAGGAUAGGGCUGUGCAAGGCUUUUACCUUAAAAUUGUUGGACGGUAUGAACAUAUGUGGCACCUGGCAAUAAUUGUGGAAGUAUGUUGUUAUCUUGUUUGGUAAAUUAAACGCAUAGCAAUGUCAAUCAGAUUAGAAACGGUUAUAAAAAUUGAGAAGACAAAAUGAAAGAUGCACUGUCAUUGAGAAAGUUUGAUGAUAGACUCUGAUUUACUUGUUGUUUAAGCAGCAUUGCGUUGAAAGGAUUUCUUGAAGAGAGAAACAUUGAUUAAAAUUUUAAAAAGCAAAGAUGAUGGGUAUGCUGUGCCCAAAGGUAACUCCAACCUAAAGAUCACCUCCAACCCUUGAGGGUAUACAAUAUGUACUUCCCUGUUACAAGCCUAGAUCUACCCAUAAGGAAAUUUUCUUUUACUUUUAUCAUGGCUGUUAACCAUCUGCUACAAUGCAUGCUAUUACAGGGCAACAGCAUUUCACUAUGUGUUGACUUUUGACCUGCCGACAGUAGAUGGUCUUUCAAAUGUCCUAUUUGACAUGUGUCUUGUUGUCGGCUCAAGUGUUUUCAGAGCUUUCCAAAUAAUUCACUCCGUGUUUUGCAGGAUUUCAAUGGGAAGAGGACUCAUGUCAUCUUCCAUGUGGAUGAAAAACUCAAAGGGCACAUAACAGGUUACCCAACGACCGGCUCAUCACCAAAGACGUUCAUCCCUCUGUGUGACUGCCUGGAACCAAACAACUUCUUAGUGCUGAUGGACAGCCACUGGCACCAGUUCUUAGACAACACGCGGGGAAUCCGCAUUGAUGACCUGGACACUGUUCAUUUCAUCCAUAUGGGUUGAAGGCUGUUUGGCCUUAAUAUUAUUUUUAUUUUUUGGAAUAGGAAGGUGGAUCUUUAGGCAGAAUUCCUAGCUGAAUGUGUUCGGCUUAGGCCGGCUUUGUCAGGAAUUCUGUUGAAAACUAAUGCAUUUUGUGCAGAGUUGUUUUCGUUCUUUCUUUUUGCAAUUCAUUUUAAAAAAUUAAGUUGCAAAGUUUUUUCAAUUUGGUUUUUGUAAAGUUUUUAAUCAUCUGGUUGAGAAAAAUUUGCUUAUUAAAAUGUUCGGUAACAACAAAACUAAUUUUUUUUUUUUGCUGUUUACCCAUCAUGAAAAUAAAGAAAACGGGUAUUUUAUUGUACAUUUUAACACUCCUAUUUUCUUGAUGCAUGCUUGUACUUGUAUGCACAUAUUUCCAACAUUCUAACUGUAGUAUAAUCAAGAGAAAUAAAGUUAUUAUUCACUUUGGUAUCAGAAUUUUUAUGGCACCUAUUGCUUUUUUAAAACAUACAUAUUUUCUUUUCAACGCACUGGUCAACACUAUGAUUGGUACUGCCUAUUUCCUACUCAAAUUUCCCCUGGUCAGCUCACAAGCACCUGUGUUCACAAGCACCAGUGUUCACAGGCACCAGUGCUUACAAGCACCAGUAUUCAAAAACACCAGUAUUCAAAAGCACCAGUGUUCACAAGCACCAGUGUUCACAAGCACCAGUGUUCACAAGCACCAGUGUUCACGAGCACCAGUGUUCACGAGCACCAGUGUUCACGAGCACCAGUGUUCACAAGCACCAGUGUUCACAAGCACCAGUGUUCAAAAGCACCUGUGUUCAAAAGCACCUGUGUUCAAAAGCUGUUGAAUGGCCAUACACUGCCAUUUAACAUUUAAAAGCAAUUAAUACUUGAUUGGUUGAAUUGUAAAAAAAAAUCAAAACAUGAAUUAUUUUCAUGAGAAAAAAACCUCUAAAUCCAUAAUUUUGCCCAAUGUUAUUUGUGUUUGACACACAAUUUAAGCCAUUUCACAUAUUUUAAAGGAUGAGCUUUGUUUUAGUUUUUUCUGCUGUUUUCUAAAUCAUUUUCUCAUGAUGAAUUACCCCAAACGUUCAAAUAUCUUUUCACUCAUUACCUAAGUAGAAGUUGUUAUGUAAUUAGUAAUACUUGUUUAUUCAAACAAAAGUUUUUUUUAAAGCAAACUUUCUAUUAGACUCCAAAAAAAUGGUGCUUCAAAUGUUAUUGUUUUAAAAAUAGAGGAUAUUUUUUCAAUUAAACACUCAAGAGCCCUUCUGUUAAUCAAAAGGCUUUGCCAUGCAUUUCAACUUCAUAAUUAUGUGUUUAAAAAGGUCUAUUUCAACAUUGUAUCAUGUGUUUUGAAAAGGUCUCAUGACUUUGUUUGAGACGUACAUUUUUUAAAAAAGUAUAUAAUUUCAAGCUUUGAUGUAUAUACCAGCGUGUCAUGUUAUGCCAAUGUUUUAAUCUGGUAUUUCCAUGUCUUAAAUAGUAUGGGAAGCAAGCCAUUUUGGAGUUUUUGCAUUUUAACCAGCCAUUGUUUUGAAGAUCUGUUGUUUCCCAGGAAUGCUGGUUUGUGUCAUAGUUUUUUAAAUCGGAACAAAUUUUUGUACGUUUUAAACUGUAUCAUUUUUUUUGCAUGUCUUAUGUGUAUGAAAUUUGGUUUUAAAUUUGCAUCUCGAAAAAUGGAAGUGCAACUUAGAAAUGAAUCAGAAAUCUGAUUAUUGUUUUAAUGUAUGAGUUGUUAAUUUAAUGUAUGAGUUUUGUUGAUUUAAUGGUGUAUAAGUUGUGUUGUUGAUUUCAUGUAAGAGUUGUGUUGAUGGUUUAACGUAUGAGUUGUUUUGUUGAUUUAAUAGCUUGAUCCAUGUUUUAGCUACUGCCAUGAAUAAAAAUUUAUUAAGAUCAUAGUCAACUGGAUGUAAUUUUUUUUAUCCUGCCAAUGUGCCAACAUCAAAUAUCCACCUGAUAAAGCUUCUUACUAAAUUGGCCAAGGGAGAGAAACAACUCUCCUAUAAUGUUGUGUUCCUUCUGUCUACUGACAAUUUUGAUACACUGGCAACACAUUUAAUUAACAAAAACACUUGUUACGAUUCAAAAUGUUACAUUAAAUUCAGACACAAUUGCUACACUCAAUGGUACUCGUAUUUUAAAUUUUGUACAAUCUCAUUUCUUGCGAUUGUUUUUGUUAAUUUUUUUUAUUUUGCCUUGAUGCUUGAUAUUAAUGUCAAAUUGGCAAAUGUAUUUAUUUUCUUCUGAUUAUGGGAAUAAAACAUUACUGUUAAUGUU